CGUCGAUCCCGGCUUGAGCCACGUGAAAGUAUUCACGGCACCUUGCACUGUAGAUGAUUGAUGCAUCAACCCUCUGUCGCUCUCGUCUUUAUCAUCUCACGUAAAAGGGUCUCCACUUGCCCGUGUUGCAGUGACCCUGGUCGAUGCAUUCUUUCUCCCUAUUCUGACUCCGUAUAUAACUGCUUCUUCUCCGGGGCCAAUCCAUCCUGCUGGUCACUGCUGCCGGAUAUUAAGACAUACGUUCCCGAUAUCCCCUCAUCUUCCCAAAUUUCAGGUAUGUCGUCCUAUACCCCACAGACAGAUUUGCCGCUUGAACGGUCUCGUCUUAUCGGAAUGAUUCUGGGAGGUGUAUCCUACGGCAUAUACCUUCUCCUUACUGUACAAGCGGUGACUGCUCUCAUGCAACGUCCUCGACGUGGGCAGAAAAUUGCAGAUAAUCGUCGCAUGCUUCUUUGUUACACCCUCCUCACGUUCGCACUUUCGACGAUAUGCUUUGCUUGCAGUACCAAAUAUACACAGAUGAUCUGGAUAGACCUUCGAGAUGCACCUGGGGGUCCCGCUGCGCUGAUUGAGAACGGAAUGCAAUACCGUAUCAACUUUGUGGCGAUACUCUGUGGUUACGUCACGGAGUGGUUCAUGCAAGCGCUGCUCCUUUACCGAUGUUUUGUGAUAUGGGAUUGGGCAAGACACGUGAUGAUCCCCAUGUUCAUCGUCUAUAUUGGCAUGAUUGCUGUGGCCAUCGUCGUCUUGGUCCAGGCGGGUACCGGGACUUCAUUUUACACGAUCAAAGCCACAGUUGCAUAUCUCGCCUUCUUAGUGGCGAACACUGUGCUUUAUACCAUUCUCGUGGCGAAACGUCUGGUCUCCAUGCGAAGCGAAAUGAAGGCGGCGUUGGUUGAAUAUGACUCUAGCAUCUAUGAUACCAUCAUCCUCAUGGUCGUCGAGUCCGCCAUGGCAUACAGUGUCUUCGUCGUCGUCUACAUAGUUGCAUUUUCUGUGGAUUCAGACACUGUCUCCACGGUAUGCUUCCUGUCCAUUUACCAAGUUCAAGGCAUUGCGCAGUUGUUCAUCAUCAUACGCGUGGCACGGGGGAGGGCAGUCACACAUGAUUGGUCGACCCGAAAUGCUCCAGCAGCACCUACGACACUAGCAUUCGCAGGGAUUGCAUCGAUCCCAGCAGAAGGAACCGACAUGGCACAAGUAGCUAGGCCAGAGCAGGACAGUGUUAAUUCGCGUUCUGUUUCGGCGAAGUUGGCGGAAGCAAAUGUAUAGCGUGCCAUACUUGAUUUAUUCCCUAAGUUUAUAUAAUUAUCUUCGUCUGCAUUACAAUCCCUUUGGAAUUUUAUAGUCAUUCUCUUAGUUUCAGUUCAUUACUACUUCACUAUGACAUACAGUAUGUAAAUAAAGCACAUCAUCUUUGACGAGGACCUGAGCAGAGUGAUGCAGAGUGGUUCAAUCU